GUGACUUUUAAAUGUCAUCUGUUCUUCAGUUACCUUUUUUUCUGAAGUGUUCUAAGUGAGGUUAAUGAGAAACAAAGCCCUUGCUUUCCCUCUCAAGUCCCUUUUAGUGAAAAGCUAGAGCUGCCAUCUUUUUCUUUUUGGGUAGCUUUCUAGGAUGCAGAGGAAAGACCAGGAGACUCUGAAGUAUCUUCUUUAACUUUGACAUCAGUGUGAUGUAGUUUACAGUUCUUAGUUUAGAUGAAGGUUUUCUGAAAUUAAGAGAAAUCUGGUGACAUGUAGGUCCAUCAGGUAGGACAGAUCACUAAAAUUGUAGUAAGUGAAUACUGUACUUAUUUCUCAUUUUUAAUUCUGCUUCUAGAUCCUUACUUAUUCUACCUAAUUAAGUGAUGGAACCACACAUUAAAGAAAAAAAAAUCAUUCUUGGGUCUUUGGUGUUCAUGUUUGUGUGAAAGAAUCUAGGAUGUUCCAAGAAAAUGCAUCAGCCAGUUGCUUAAAUAUAGUAACAACACCUACUGAAGAUGGUGCUUUCCAAAAAAAAGGUCAUUGUGCUCGAGUCCUUAGCCCAGAAGAAGCAGAAAAACUGGCAAAAGAUCAGGUUUUGGUGUCUGAGUUCAAACAAUUAAAAUUGGAGAAAGAGGCACAGAAGAACUGGGAUCUAUUUUACAAAAGAAACAGCACCAACUUCUUCAAAGACAGACAUUGGACAACCAGAGAGUUUCAAGAGUUAAAGGCAUGUCGUGAGUUUGCAGAUCAAAAACUGACCAUUCUGGAAGCAGGCUGCGGGGUUGGGAACUGCUUGUUUCCACUCUUAGAAGAAGAUCUGAAUAUUUUUGCAUAUGCCUGUGAUUUCUCUCCUAGAGCUGUGGAGUAUCUGAAGAAAAAUGCCUUAUAUAGUACUGAAAGAUGUAAAGUGUUCCAGUGUGAUCUUACCAAAGAUGAUCUUCUAGACAAUAUACCAGCAGAUUCCGUGGAUGUUGUCACACUUAUAUUUGUGCUUUCUGCCAUUCAUCCUGACAAAAUGCAUCUUGUCCUGAGGAACAUUUACAAGGUAUUAAAACCAGGCAAGUGUGUCCUGUUCCGAGACUAUGGCCUGUAUGAUCAUGCAAUGCUCAGGUUUAAGUCUGGCAGCAAACUUGGGGAAAACUUUUAUGUCAGACAAGAUGGGACAAGAUCGUAUUUUUUUACUGAAGAGUUCUUAUCUCAGCUUUUCAAGGCUGAGGGAUAUGAGCAAGUGGCCAGUGAAUAUGUGCAGCGAGAAACUGUGAAUAGGAAAGAAGAUUUGCGUGUUCCAAGAGUUUUUCUUCAAAGCAAAUUUCAAAAGCCUUUCAGUGAGACAAAUUCUAGCUGAUUAGCAACAGCACUGCUUGUUUGAAAUGGAAGCUAGCACAUGUGUGCUUCUCUUUCUGGUGAGCCAAAAAUGAUGGCAUCCAACACCCCUUGUUGGUUUCCAUCCUAGGAUGCAAAAUAUGAAUGCUAUUUCUAAUUGAAUUUUAAGACGGUUUAGUGAUGCAGGCAACCUGUUGAGCAUCUGUGUUCCUGCUUCUAAAAUAAAACCUGUGCAACAUUGUUGGAGGAUCAGGUAAAGCAUAUAAAUAAACUUCCAUUUUUAUUAAAAACUGUUUUUAAAUAAG